GACUGGUUAGUUAUGUCUCUCUUACUCAUUGUUGGCAACUAUCUACCUACUCCAGGCAACUAUCUACCUACUCCAGGCAACUAUCUACCUACUCCAGGCAACUAUCUACCUACUCCAGUGUUGGUCAAGUCUGGUCUUAAAUGAGGUCACACUCACUCAAGAGUUUACAGCUUGGUUACUUCAGUUGGAACAAGGAUUUGUUUUGAUUGUGAAUAUGUCUAGAGGCUGCAGAAAUUCACCAGACAUAUUUUGCUAUGUCUGCGGGCAAUUCACCCCUUCAGAUUCCCAGAGUAAUAUUACUCCAUUGUUGAAGCGCUGCUAUUUAGCUUAUUUUGGCUGCAAAUUGGGAGACCAGGACAAGCCAUUUGCACCUCACAAAGCUUGCAAGAGUUGCAUCAGUAAACUCCAAAUGUGGUCGGUUGGAAAACUUAAAUGUAUGCCCUUUGGAGUACCAAUGGUAUGGCGGGAGCAGAUGAAUCAUCAUGAUGACUGCUACUUUUGUAUGACUAAAGUAGCUGGAUUCAACAAGAAGACUAAAGAUCACAUAAUAUACCCAGAUAUUCCAUCAGCAAUAAGGCCUGUUUCACACUCUGAUGAUAUUCCUGUACCUGUGCCACCUGACACAUGGGAAAUUUCAUCAGAGGCUGAUACUAGUGAUACCAACGAGAUGGAAGUAGACUAUGAACCACCAACAAAUGACGAUCCCAAACUCUUCACCCAAGUUGAGCUCAAUGACUUGGUUAGAGACCUUAACCUUCCAAAAGAAAGCGCACAGUUACUUGGCUCUAGACUGAAGGAACACAGGCUUCUAGCUCCUGGCACAACAUUUUGAGGAAGCAUUAGCUGGUGUCGAGGUGAAUGCCUGGUUUUCCUUCAAACAGAUUGUCCAAAACUUCUUGGGAAACAGCCGCUCUCCAGAAUAUGAAAAACUGAUCCAAGACCUGAUUUCAAGUUUCCAGCAACUUGGGUCUAGAAUGAGUGUGAAGAUGCACUUUUUGCAUUCACAUCUUGACUAUUUUCCCAAGAAUUGUGGGGACUACAGUGAGGAACAGGGAGAGCGGUUCCAUCAUGAUAUAUGCACCAUGGAAACUCAAUACCAGGGCAAAUGGAAUGUCAGCAUGAUGGCGGAUUACUGCUGGUCAUUGAAACGUGAUGGUCCCGAUGCACAGCACAAGCGGAAAUCAAAGCGGUCCUCCUUCCUUUGAAUCAAUAUGUAGGCUAACUAUUAGGAGCAUAUUUUUGUUUACAUUCAUUAGAUUUUAUGUUGAUUAUUCUGCUUCAUUUCAUGAUAAACGUUAUUAAUUUCAUGGUUAUUUGGAAUACAUUAAUAAUUAAUUAUAUAUUAUUAUAUUAUAUCAUAUUUAAAAAUCA